GGGAAGGCAGAUGUGCUGAUGGGAGCUGAGAGUUGGAAGGCUGGGCUUUUUGGAGGAGAGAUGUAGAGCAUACACAUCACAACCCCAAAAGCUCCGCAUACAUAUCUCCAAGACUCUCAUCAAAACAUAUCCAUCGCUGCGCCCUACAUCCCUCAACAUGCGCUUCUCCACCUCCAUCCAAACAUCAUCCACAACCCCCAAGCCCUCCAACGACGUCACGCUCGACGACUCCCGCCUCAGCAUAACCAUGACCAUCGAGCCCUCCAAGCCGCGCAAGAAACCCACAUACCGCGCCAUCCAACGCCCCGACGGCGUCAUCGUAGAGAAGCCGCGAUACCGCCCCUCCUCACUCACCGCCUCCACAAAGUUCAAGUUCGAGCAGCGCCGCACCGUCCUCGAUAUUCCUCGGGAUAGGGAGCAGGACAUGCAUCCGAGAAAGGAGAAGAGAAUGGAUGACGAUCUGCGUGGGCUGAGAGUCCUGGAAGAAGGAUUGGCAAGGCCGUAUGAGAAUGAUGCGGGUGAAGAAGUAGUUGAGAGAGGACGCAGCGGAUACAAUGGCCCGUAUGAUGAGGCGAUGGUGGAGUUACAGCUUGAAGUCCCCUUGCGCCGCUUCCUUCGGAGUUCGGAUCCUUGGAGUCCUUACAAUCGGCGCGCUGAAUAUGCUUCGAACAACUCGACAUGCCACUGAGCAGCCCACAUGGCCAAACACCGUUGAGGUACAUUCAUCUUCUUCCUCGCAGAGAAUGGAGGACGUUAAUUGGCGCGCCACGGAGUGGAACAUUAGGCCUCGCUUCGCCGCUUCGCUGCCGGCAGAGGACGAAGCAAGACGAGAUUGCUCGGAGAGGUAUCAGGGGUGCCGGAGGAGGACAUUGCGCGACGAGCAUGCCUGCAGCGCUUCU